CAUCCAAGAAAAAGAAGCGGGCCUGCGGUUCGUGCGGGGCCUGUCCACACACACACACACACACACGCAUAGCAACGAGCUGCUGCCCUGGACGAUACUGCGAGCCAGAUCGGCCGGGGCUGCAUGAGCAACGACGACGAGCCUGCACUCGGCGAUCAGGCCCGCAACACCACCGGCACAAGCGCCGCCCCGAUGAGCUCGCAGCGGCUGCCGCCUUGCCUUGGGUGGAACGCCUCUCGCGCUGAAUCUCGGAGAUGCUCCGGAUGCAUGGUAUUUCGUGGCUGCCCGCCGUGUUCCUGGACGAACGGGUUGGCUGUGAUCUCUCCGGCAGCCCCUCAACCGCCGCAUCCGCCCAAGCGACGUAAGCUCGGGCCCGGCCAGGAGGCCCUGCAUCCAGUACAACAUGUCCCAGAGCCUGUCAAAGCCUUGGAUUCUGGCGGCUGCACACCAGGCGCUUCAAUCAAGCCUUGAUAGCCUCGACCGAAUCAAGUCCGAGCCCGCUGAGGCGGCACAGGGCCUCGAGACACUCAACCAGCUGCUGCAACCCAUCGACAUCUCAAAGCGAUGUCAGAUCAUACGGUUCGACUCGACUCCUUCACAGGAUGCUCCUGGGCGACCAUACACGGGGAUUCUAUCGGACCAGGCUCAUCAAAUUGCAUGCUACUUUUCGUCUGCGUCAAUUGCCGAGUACGAGAAGCUAAACAAUGCCAUGCCGCUUGCAUCGACCCAAGGCGGAAUCAUGAUUAUUAGCUCGUACUCUUGUCAAAUCAGACAGAGCGAGUCGCAGCGGCUGCGGGUGUUUUUGAAGAUCCAUCGUUUUCAGUUCAUUGGAGGCAAUGGCUCCAACUACUUUGGCUCGCUUCGGUACAUCGACGACGUGGUGGAUAUUGAGCAGUUGUGCGUGAGGCUGCAGCAACGAUUGAACGAGUGUCGUACUCUUGCAUCAAUCGGCAUCGCAUCGCAUCUCCCCCAACAUGUCUUUCGGAUCGGCUCCCAUCCUGGCUGGCCGGAUCCGGAUCCAAGUGUCCACGGACCUUAUUUCGAGCUUGGCCGCCAUAUCCUCAAAGCCGAUGAUAAAUCGCUGCCGGAUAGCUUGGAUUACUUUGAUUCGAUCGACGGCUCGAUUCUUGCAGCUAUGGAAGGCGAUUCAUCGUCCCAGGUGCGGGCUGAGUCGGACGUCAAGUCUACGCAGAUUCCCUUGGUCGCACCAGAAUCCAAGCCGGCGGACAAGGUCGAGUCGAAGACUCUAUCGAUAUUUAUCAGCGAGGCGAAUAGCCUGUCGAGCAUCGAAGAGGAUGACCCGGAUAGACUUGACAUCGAUAAUAUCAAUCUGCUGGAGCACCUCGAGAGUGAAGACGAGUCAUCUCGACCAUCAGCAGCAACGGCGCCCGCUGGCAUGUCGUCUCAAGCUUCACCCAAUGUGAGAGAGGCUGCUGAAGAUUUCAACAUGCCCGAGAAAGCACAGCAGCACAUCGUCCUUGAUGGUGCUUCAAGAGCCGCGCAAGAUGAUACCCAACACGACCCUAUGCCGAUACCCAUGUGCUGCGAUGCGACUCCGCCAUUGAUCACACAAGUACCAUCCGGAGCCAAAUGUGGCACCAAUCCAUCCUUCGAUCCUGACGAUAGCUGGGGCUCUAUCGACUGGGACGACGUAGCAGCAUGCGCUGACGCUGCGGAUAGCCUGGCUUCUCGCAUCAAUCAGGCCAGAGCGAGCCUUGAUCGCGCUGAGUUCGCCACGGGUUAUGGCCGUUUGGGUGCUCCUCUGGGCCUUGGUCUGGGCCUGGGAGCGCAUUCUCAAUCGUGCCCGAGUGGACACCCGCAGCCGGCACUUCUCGAACACUCGCAGCAAACUUUGGGAGCAUCUCCAUCGGCCGACCCCGACUCACAACUUCAGCUCAUAUCGACCAUGGACCGGCCAAGCCAUCCUAACCAAACUCAAAGCGAGAUAAGAGCCCGAUUACUGCAGGGCCCGGACGCCACUGGGCUCGGGUCUCCAUACCCGACGGCAUAUGGGCUCAUGCAGGGCGCCGUGGUGGAUGAUGUGGAGGCAUCGUCCCGAUCGGCAUACCUCCGGCUACAGGUCUCCGACAGCUUUGAAUCCAGGCCUUUGGCUGAGCCACGGGCUCGAGCAGGCUCGCCCGCUGAACUUGCGGCUGAUGGUGCAUUACUGACGGAUUCAUUCCAGGAUAUUGGAUUCGUAACGCAGGAUAAGGGGCAGCUAGACCCAUGCGCGAGCGAGGACUUGCAGCCCGAGUCUUUACCAGAUCAGACGAUGCCACACACCCAGCAUCACGGCUCUGAUACGAACUAUGCGUUUGCCAAGCGGCCGUGGGAUGCACUUGAGCUGGAGGCCUAUAUGAACCAGGCUCGCAGGCGAUUCAUUCAGCUCAAUAGAUAGCAGUGGAACGUGGA